AAUGUUAUCCAAAACUAAGAUCAUGAAGAGCCACAUAUUCACAACCAUACAAAACCCAAUUCGAAAUCAAAAAGAGUUUGGAUAAUUGGACAACCAAAUUCCACGUAUACAUUGCUCAUUCACUAAAAUUACCCGCCCUUUCCUAGUUAACUAGUUUCCAUUUCCAACUGUAUCGAAUCUCUUCUCAAUUCCUUGGAUUCAAUCCUCCAUAUCAGUUUCAGAGUUAACAUAUUAUGUUGCCGCCGUCUUCUCCUUCGUCUUCGUUAUCUGCAUCGGAAUUUCUCGGAUUUUCUGUGUUCAGCAGUGCUAAUGCAAAUACAUCAUCAACAAGAAUAUCGACAUGUCGACGGACUCAUCGCGGCCUGAAUCUCCAAUUACCACCACCAACAACAACAACAAGAUGCUGUGACAAUAGUAAGGUUGAGGUUGUUGUGGCGGAGGAGAAGACUAAAAGUAAAAAGAAAAAAAGGAUUAGCACCAGCAGUAAUACUGAUACCACUACUAUUGUCAAACCGGAAGAGUCUUCGCCGUCGUCAUCAGUUGAUGAUGAUAGCAAUAAUAAUCCAUUAAUAAAUCUUGAUGAUGUUAAUCCAGUGGGUCUUGGUCGUAAAUCUCGUCAGAUCUUUGAUGAGGUUUGGAGAAAGUUCUCGGGUUUGGGUCAAUUCUCAAGAACCGUACCGGAUGAAAAUCUUGACACUGUUCUUAUUAGAGAGGUUCCUAUGUGUGAAUUCUCUGUUCCUGGUGCACAGAAUACAAAGGUGCUUGUCGUUGGUGCCACUAGCCGUAUCGGCCGGAUCGUUGUCCGUAAACUCAUGCUCAGAGGCUACAGUGUCAAGGCUCUAGUGCGAAGAGCGGAUCAAGAAGUCAUAGACAUGCUUCCGAGGUCUGUAGAAAUCGUGGUUGGGGAUGUAGGAGAAUCUUCAACGAUCAAUGCUGCAAUGGAGGGUUGCAACAAGAUCAUAUAUUGCGCCACUGCUCGUUCAACUAUCACUGGAGAUCUAAAUAGAGUAGACUACCAAGGAGUCUACAAUGUCUCCAAAGCCUUUCAGGAUUACAACAAUAAACUAGCGCAGCUACGAGCUGGAAAGAGCAGUAAAAGCAAGCUCUUGAUUGCCAAGUUCAAGUCAGAAGAAUCGUUGAAUGGGUGGGAAGUUAGACAGGGAACAUACUUCCAAGAUAUGAUUGCAACCAAAUACGACGGAGGACUGGACGCCUCGUUUGAGUUCACGGAGACAGGAAAUGCUGUUUUCUCAGGGUAUGUGUUUACAAGAGGGGGAUAUGUGGAACUGUCAAAAAGGCUUUCACUUCCACUGGGAAGUACUCUUGACAGGUAUGAUGGUUUGAUUCUCUCAGUUGGUGGAAAUGGAAGAUCAUUUAUUUUGAUUCUUGAAGCUGGUCCUUCAGCAGAUACAUCUCAGAGCAAAAUUUACUUCGCACGAAUGAGCACAAAAGUAGGCUUUUGCAGGGUCAGGGUGCCGUUUACAUCCUUUAGAGCAGUGAAUCCGGAGGAUCCACCUUUGGACCCAUUCCUUGUACAUACUUUAACAAUACGUUUUGAACCAAGAAAACAGAGGCCUAUAGAAGGACUUGCAGGAGGCAAGCAAGACCUAAGAAGCUUCAACUUGAUAAUCGAAUACAUAAAGGCAUUGCCUACUGGGGAGGAAACAGAUUUUAUUCUGGUUUCAUGUACAGGACUAGGCAUUGAGCCUGGUAGACGGGAACAAGUUCUUAAAGCAAAGAAGGCUGGAGAGGAUUCGUUGAGAAGAUCUGGUCUUGGGUACACAAUUGUACGCCCUGGUCCUUUACAGGAAGAACCUGGGGGCCAACGUGCGCUUAUCUUUGAUCAAGGAAAUCGGAUUUCUCAGGGAAUAAGCUGCGCAGAUGUGGCUGAUAUCUGUGUGAAGGCAUUGCAUGACUCAACAGCAAGAAAUAAGAGCUUUGAUGUUUGCUACGAAUACAUGGCUGAGCAAGGGAACGAACUCUAUGAGCUGGUGGCACAUUUGCCUGAUAAAGCCAAUAACUAUUUGACACCGGCCUUGUCGGCUCUUGAGAAGAACACCUGACUGCUGUAAAAAUCUCGAUACAACAAUUACCCUCAACUCUUGUUGUCCAAAAUAUCAAUUGGUUGCUAUUCAUAUGAGUAAUCUAGCUAGCUCAUUUGUAUAUUAGCUAGAUGAGAUGAAAUGAGACACAGGUAUCAUUUUUUUUCCCUCCCGUCUAUACGUAUGUUCAUCGUCCAUCUGUGGGAAGUAUUAAAUGUAUGUACAAGCAUGAUUUUUUCUUUCUUUCCUAUAUAUACAACUUAUACCAAAAUGGUGGAUCUGUAAAUGGGUAAAUCUUGUUCUAUAUAUUUUUCUUGCAUUCUGACUCUAA